GGAAGCGAUAACCAGGCGACGCCGACCUCCCCUGGUCGUCGCGAGAAGCAACAACAUACCUUUCUGACGAGCGACCUUACGGUAGGUAUCAAAAUAAAACGUCGGAAGGAUAAAGAACUCACAACGCGAUACUAUUUUUGAUAUGAAACUACUACUACCAACCUCUCUUCAAAACAAAUAGCUAAACCAUGCGCUUCAACGUAGCUCCUGCUGCACCGAAGAACAAAUCUCCGUGCAGUACUAACCUCAACUCCGCGGGGGACGACGUUCGCCGUGCGACUUUUAGUACGACGGCAAGAGAAAGAACACGAUCAGUCAGACUGCCCCUUUUUCAACAUCGUCCACCAAUUUUCAACAUCUCCCAUCAAGCAUGAGCAAACGCGCUGAGUCCUCAACAUUGGAUCCGAAAAUGGGUGGGCCGCAACAGAUAUCAAAUGCAAAAAUGUCUGGGUCUGGAAGAAUGCGCGAUUUGUCAUGCAGCUUUUCCAUGACCCAUGAGGUGAGGAAUGCAGGACCUAGUAUGACAGAUUCUCUGCGAUCUCUCUCAUGCCUAUCCUGCAUGAGAAACUCCUUGUCACCUUGGUUAAAAAUGCACGGCUUUUGGUACUCAUGCAACACAGAUUGUUGCAUGAUCCAGAUCUAGCAUGACAAACAUGCACUCUUCCAGACCCAGACAUUUUUACAUUUGAUAACAGAAAAAACAGCGGGUCAAGGGCGGCGGAGGUGGUC